UUCUAGUACGUGAAAUAUGGCGACCGGAGGUGCAGACGAAUUUGGUGGAAUUAGUCAUGUGUCUGAAGAAACAAGGGGGUCUAAUGCUCAGGACAGUGGUUCUAGCCGUGGACCAGUUUCACAAGCAAAAAGGGAAGAGCUUUUUCAACGGCCAGCACUUUCGAGCUGUCCAAACCACGUGAUGACAGAAAACAGUUACGAAAAGGACGAACUGAUUCAUCAGCUCACUCUUACUAAAAAAAGCCUGGAAGAAGAAAUUGAGCAAUUGAAAUGCGGCAUGAGAGUCCACGAAGCACGCGAGCACCGCGAGAAUGAUUUAGAACAAGCACUCGGGGCAGAACGAGAGAGAAAUCGCGAACUUCAAAUGGAGAUGGAAGCACAGGUUCGCGAUUACAAUCUGGACACGAGGGUGCGCGCCGACAACAGGUUACUACAUGAGGAAAACCAACGUCUACGAGAACAGGUCAUCGCACUUUCUUCACAAAUUACCGAGAAAAAAUCCGACUGUUAACCGCCGAGAGGAACGGCGCUUACAAGCGUUUUGAAAAUAAAUCCAAGGAGCUGGAGAGGAUCC